AUGAUGCGUGAAUCGCUUCCGAGCGAAGAACAAGUGUUUUUGAGCAGCGUCGUUGCGAAGAAGAAGAAGGUUGUUCCAGAGGAAGAUAUUAUUAUCCUCUGCAGGAGCGAAGAGGAGGAGGAGGAAGAAGAAGUAGAGAGAAGAGACGAUUCGGUUUUGCUAGCUCAACCACCACCUCCGAUGGUGCGAUCGAGAUCUCAAGUAGCUACGAGGCGCGUGACUCCCACGCCCCUCCUGGAUGUGGAGAAGCCGCUUCCGAACGGGGAUCUCUACAUGGGGAGCUUCUCCGGCGGGUUCCCCCACGGAUCCGGCAAGUAUCUGUGGAGAGACGGGUGCAUGUACGAAGGCGAUUGGAAACGAGGGAAAGCCUCCGGGAAAGGGAAGUUCUCGUGGCCGAGCGGAGCCACCUACGAAGGCGAAUUCAAAUCCGGGAGGAUGGAAGGGUUCGGGACAUUCACCGGCGCCGACGGAGACACUUACCGAGGAACCUGGGUCGCCGAUCGGAAACACGGCCACGGGCAGAAGCGGUACGCGAACGGCGAUUUCUACGAAGGCACGUGGCGGCGGAAUCUGCAGGACGGGAGAGGCCGGUAUGUUUGGAGAAACGGGAAUCAGUACACCGGAGAGUGGCGCAGCGGCGUGAUCUGCGGGAAAGGACUGCUCGUUUGGCCGAACGGGAAUCGUUACGAAGGUCAGUGGGUAAACGGAAUCCCGAAAGGGAGCGGAGUGUUCACUUGGGCUGAUGGGAGCUCCUGCGUCGGAGCUUGGAAUCAGAGCAACAUCAUGAGGAGUUUCUUCGACGGGAUCGAGAAGAACGAUUUGAUUGUGGCGACGAGGAAGAGGUCUUCUGUCGACAGUGGAGCUGGGAGCUUGGGCGGGGAGAAGAUUUUCCCGAGGAUCUGUAUCUGGGAGUCUGAUGGAGAAGCUGGGGAUAUCACUUGCGAUAUUAUUGAUAAUGUGGAGGCGUCGAAGAUUUACAGAGAGAGAAUCUCUGUGGAUAGGGAUGGGUUUCGUCAGUUUAAGAAGAACCCUUGCUGGUUUAACGGCGAGGCGAAGAAGCCUGGAGAGACGAUAUCUAAAGGGCAUAAGAAGUAUGAUCUGAUGCUGAAUUUGCAGUUAGGGAUAAGGUACUCUGUUGGGAAACAUGCGUCGAUUGUUCGAGAGCUUAAGCAGAAUGAUUUCGAUCCAAAGGAGAAGUUUUGGACGAGGUUUCCACCGGAAGGGACUAAGACUACGCCACCGCAUCUAUCGGUUGAUUUCCGGUGGAAGGAUUAUUGCCCUUUGGUGUUCAGACGUCUCAGGGAUCAUUUCCAAGUGGAUCCAGCUGAGUAUAUGUUGGCUAUUUGUGGGAAUGAUGCUCUUAGGGAACUAUCUUCACCUGGAAAAAGUGGAAGCUUCUUUUACCUAACUCAAGACGAUAGGUUUAUGAUCAAGACGGUGAAGAAAUCAGAAGUCAAGGUGCUUCUAAGAAUGCUUCCAAGUUACUACAAACAUGUCUGCCAAUACGAAAACUCCCUCGUCACUAGGUUUUACGGUGUUCAUUGCGUCAAACCUGUUGGUGGCCAGAAGACUCGGUUUAUCGUCAUGGGGAACUUGUUCUGCUCAGAGUAUAGAAUCCAGAGACGGUUUGACCUCAAAGGGUCUUCUCAUGGACGUAGUACUGCAAAGCCUGAAGGUGAAAUCGAUGAGACCACGACUCUCAAGGAUCUUGAUCUUAAUUUUGCUUUCCGUCUUCAGAGAAACUGGUAUCAAGAGCUUAUGAAGCAAAUAAAACGCGACUGUGAGUUCUUGGAAGCCGAGAGGAUAAUGGAUUAUUCCCUUCUAGUUGGUGUUCACUUCCGUGAUGACAACACUGGAGAAAAAAUGGGACUUUCUCCAUUCGUUUUGAGAUCUGGUAGGAUAGAUUCAUAUCAGAAUGAGAAAUUCAUGCGUGGUUGUCGCUUCUUAGAAGCUGAGCUUCAAGACAUGGACCGUAUUUUAGCUGGCAGGAAACCAUCGAUAAGGUUAGGCGCAAACAUGCCAGCAAGAGCGGAGAGAAUGGCUCGGAGAAGCGAUUUCGAUCAGUAUACGUCAGGAGGAGCGACGUAUCCAUCACACGGUGAGAUGUAUGAAGUGGUUCUCUACUUUGGAGUCAUAGACAUCUUGCAAGACUACGACAUAACCAAGAAGAUCGAGCAUGCGUAUAAGUCGUUGCAAGCAGAUCCUGCCUCGAUCUCAGCUGUUGAUCCUAAGCUGUAUUCCAAGAGGUUCAGAGAUUUCAUCGGUAGGAUCUUUGUUGAAGACGGCUAA